AUGGUGUGGGAUUCUGAUGAGGGGUCUGCGUCGGGCCAGGAGGACGCGGCCGUCGUGAUCCAGAAGCACGUGCGCGGCUGUAAGGCUCGGGCGCACUUCGUGCGCUCACGUGCCGCGGUGGUGCGCAUCCAGGCGUGCGUGCGCGGGAUGCUGGCGCGCGGCACGCUGCGGACCGCGCGCAACGCGGCGGUGCGGAUCCAGGCGGCGUGGCGCGGGCACGCGGCGCGGGAGCUCGCGCGGCGGAUGCGCCGCACGGCAGCGGCGACGCGCAUCCAGGCGUACGCGCGCGGGCACGCGGCGCGGGAGCUCGUGCGGCGGAUGCGCCGCACGGCAGCGGCGACGCGCAUCCAGGCGUGCGUGCGCGGGAUGCUGGCGCGCGGCACGCUGCGGACCGCGCGCAACGCGGCGGUGCGGAUCCAGGCGUACGCGCGCGGGCACGCGGCGCGGGAGCUCGCACGGCGGAUGCGCCGCACGGCAGCGGCGACGCGCAUCCAGGCGUGCGUGCGCGGGAUGCUGGCGCGCGGCACGCUGCGGACCGCGCGCAACGCGGCGGUGCGGAUCCAGGCGUACGCGCGCGGGCACGCGGCGCGGGAGCUCGUGCGGCGGAUGCGCCGCACGGCAGCGGCGACGCGCAUCCAGGCGUGCGUGCGCGGGAUGCUGGCGCGCGGCACGCUGCGGACCGCGCGCAACGCGGCGGUGCGGAUCCAGGCGGCGUGGCGCGGGGAGCUCGCGCGGCGGACGGCGCUCGAGACGCGCCGCGACCGCGCCGCGACGCGCAUCCAGGCCGCGUGGCGCGCGGCCAAGCUGCGGCAGGAGUACCUGCGCGUGAAGUGGGCGACGCUGGCGGCGCAGACGGCGCGGAGGAAGGCGGUGGCGCGGCGGAAGCAUUCAGAGCUCGCUCGCGCCAACACGGGCCGAGCGCGUGCAGCCGCCGCUCCAAACGAGGGGUCGAUCCGGACGGAGCGGUGGGGGCCAGGGAUAGGGCAGAGACUGCCGAAGCAGGGUGGGCAGGCGCCCUCCGGGAUCGUCAAAGGCUUCGCGCACGGUCACCGCAUGAUGGCCGAUGGCAUCCAGUCCGAGAGUGGGCGACUCUUCAGGGCCGUCAAUGCCUGGGGGGCGCGCACGCCGUCGAGCCAGGACGUGGCACAGGUCGUCGAACGACUGAUCGCGCUGUGCGACCGCGUCGACAGCCUUUCGCGAAAGGCGAUCGACGUGGCAUGUGUCGCCAACUCGAUCGGCGCUGUCCUGCAGUGCGUGACCGCCGUGCUGACCAAGCUCCGCGACGACGACUUUCAGUACCGGCUGAAGCAGGAGCUGCGGCGCGCCAUGAACCAGAACAAGAGCCAGAUGACGUCGUUCCUCGUGGACGACGUGGCGCCGGGCUUCGUGGUGGCGGACUGCAUCGACGACGACGUGCGCGUGGACAUCCGCGUGCCGCUGCGGGACGCCGCCGAGCAGCUCGGGCCGCGCUUUGCCUUUUUGGCGCAGCGCUUGGGGUAG